AUGGAUAAGUCAUAUGAGUAUCUUCAGAUCCCAAUUGAUGAUGAUGAAAUUAUGGUACGUUGUGUUUCACAGCCAACACAAAGCGAUGAUGUGAUCAUGGAUGACGACUUAGUUGAUAACGACGAGAGAAUGCCUUUAGCGGUUUAUAUCCAUUUUCCUACAUCAAGCAUUCAUCAUGCGAGUCCACCACAAACUGAACUCACACAUGACAACUACUUACUCAGUGGGAGGGAUGCAAUUGUCUUCCAUCAUCCAAUCCAUCGUCGCCAACUUAAUCAUAGUCAGCAUCACGUGCUGUGUGAUGUGCCUCAUACUCAACAGCGCCUCCAGAUUAAGUCUGAUGCCUUUCCAGACGCAUAG